AUGGGAGAAAGAGACAGUGAUGAAGGAAGCAGAAAAGUAGUUGGAAUUGGAGUCCAAACGUGGCGAUGGUUUCAUUGCAAGAUGAGCAGAUUCUGUCUUAUUGAAUUUGUGAACAACUCUGUCCAAGUACCUAUAUCACACAACAUUUACUGGAAGGAGUUAUCGAUGCUUGUGUAUGUCUCGGUGGCUUUUCUUAUUGUUCACAUUGUUAAGACAUCACUAGCAAUGUAG